AUGGCGCAAGCUCUUCCGGGGGAUCACCUUGAGCGUGCUGCUCUUCGUUCCAACAGGAGUCAGCAGCCAGACGAUCCAUCAUCCCCUCUGGGCGGCGCUGGGCCAGCAAAGUCUACCAUUUUGACAUCGGUACCGCCUGAUAAUUCCAGAGCAGAACGCUUUGUAGGAGAUCUCAACCCAGAAGCUGUGAUUCGCGAGAAAUUGGAUGGCGCAUCUGGCAGCCGCUUUCGAGAUCGGAUUGGCCUUUGGAUUAGCUCACAAAGCAGCGAUGGCCACGGAGAUGAUACAGCGUUUGAUGUAAACACUGCUCCGGUUAGUUUGUCGUUUACGCAGAGUCAACAUUCCCAGUCUGUUGCCUCUUUAUUACAAGAGCGGUAUUCGUCAGCUUUGAAUGCUUGUCAUCGUCUGCCUUCGUCGACUCGGGACCAGUUGAUUGCCAUCUUUUUCUCCAGAAUUCAUCCUAUCCUUCCGCUUAUUGAUCAAGAAUCCUUUAUUCGUGCCUACUCCCAUGGAAGUGCAUCUGUGUUCCUGGAGCGGGCAAUUUGCCUUGUGGCUGCCAAGGAUCAAGCCGCCAGCUCGUUCCUUCGUACAAGCAUCAAUGGUCCUCUCAGUACGUCUCGACAGUUUUGUUCCGAGAUUUACACUGGGCUAGUUGUCGCGAUGGACGCCGGGCUGGAGUCGGACCGAAUCACCCGCAUACGUUCAUUAGCGCUGAUGUCUUUACAUUGUGAAGGUCACGAGGGCGCAGAGGCUGCAUCUAUGCAUCUUUGUCGGGCUAUCCACGAGGCUCAGACCGCAGGUCUGCACCUGAACAGACCUGAUCGAGUACACGGGGAUUCUCUAUCGCGACUUUUCUGGUGCCUCUGGAGCUUGGAUAAGAUGCACGCAAGCAUAGGCGGCCGCCCAGUUCUCCUUGCCGACCGGGACAUUGGACUGAGAAAACCCAUUGUCAAUACCUCUCAUCCUAAGACUACAUUUGACGUGUGGUUUGCCAUUUCGGAUUUGCUCUCUACUGUGAUCUCAUUCUAUAGGCCAUCUGCGGAUCCUACCGUCGGCUGGGAAACCAACUUUCCGUCUUUUGAGGAGAUAAUGGGUGACAACUUCGGGGAGGAACUGGACUUUACCAUGUUGGGCUUCCUUGAAGUGUAUUAUCAUGCCGUCGCCAUUCUUUCGUGCAGGUCCAGGAUGCCCGAUCGCCCCCAAAACUCGAAUUCCAGUAUCCGACAAGGUCUCGCUGCGGUCCGGAUACACUCCAUUGUAGCAACUGAAUGUGCCCAAGAUUUGCCCCCUCUCCCCAUCAUUCCAUACGCACUAUCGCUUUCCAUGAGCGUCUCCUAUCAGCAAUUUCGGUCAAGUAGGCUGAUUACCCAUUUUAACCGAGCAAAAGCCAGUUUAGAGGCUUGCUGUUCCUUGUUGGAGAGUAUGGGCAUCUACUGGUACUCUGCAGAGGCAAUGGCACGUCUGGGACGCAGAGCCUUGCGUGAAAUUGACGUGGCAAAGCCUGGACUGCAGCGAUCCCAGGGACAGGGCGUUCGGCAGCUGAUGGACCCUGGAAGCAUCCCGUCAGGAUCAAAUGAAGUCACCACUGCUUCCACCACGCAGCUAGCGGCUGACGGUUAUAGCCCUGGCGUUUCUGGUUGUGUCCCCGCACCUGUUGCGCCACUAGAGUGUCCUACGGAUUCAUCCACAGAGUUGCAGAGAGUCGAGGAAAAUCGGCAGGGUGCUCUUGAAGAUAUUGACGUGCUUUUUGGUGACUUCCUUGACCUGUCCUUACCCACGAACUUCUGGGACCCGGUCUUUCUCACUGAGGAGGACAAAGGUAGCACGUGA